UCAAGCCGCAGUCGCAGUCACAGUAGCCCCCACCGUCCCAGUCCCAGUCUCAGUCCAGUCUCAGGCCCCGGUCGAAACAUUCUGCAACAGAAAAAACCACAACAACGUGGCCGGUCGACGCGCAUGCGCAGAGGCAGCUGGAAAAAAAAGAGUCCCUCCUCACAUGUAAAAAAUCUUCUUUCAACUGCUGUGGUUUCUCGAGAGUUUGUUGGUGAGGGCGGCGUGGGCGAGAGGACAGGUGUAGCGAUGACAGCGAUGUCGGCUCAAAGAUGAUCGAGGCCUUUGCGAAUCACCUGAGCAGUCAUUUGGGACGUCACCUCUUCUACUGGUCGAUUGAUACGACGGCACCGAACAGAGCCAGCAGCGGCAGUGGCAGCGGCAGCGACGGUGGGAACUACGGCCUCAAUCUGCGUCUCUCCGAGCUGAUCAACAAGUUCCACGGCCCCCUCGAGAGGGGCGUGCAGGUGCUGGAUCAUCUGCUGACCCUCGAAGAGGACGACUUCGCCGGCCAUUGGGGCAGCGCCUACGCGCACAACUAUGAGCCGGAGUACGCGGUCCGAGUGCCGGAAAACGAGGAGAUGCCCCCGCCCGAACACAUGGAGACGCUCAAUAAUGGCAACAUUCUGCUGCACUCGCCGCCGCACAACCAUCAGCAGCAGCAGCAACAACAGCAGCGGGCGGGAGCAGCCCUCUCGCCACAGGCCGGAGGCGGCGCCUCGGGCAGUGCGGCCGAUCAGAAUAUCCAGAUAACCCAACCCAUAAGCGCCCCAUCCUCACCCCUGGCCUCGCCCGGUGCCCUCAACAUCAGCAGUGUCGGCAGCCCCACGGCCUUCUGUAUGCCCUCGAGCUCGGCAGCAGCCGCUGCCAUUUCGGCUGCCUCUGCCGCCGCUGCCUCAAAUUCAACCCCCACUCCCACUAGCGGCAGUGGAUCGUAUGUUUGUUCAGCUGGCGGCACCAACUGGCACUAUGCGGCUGUGGGCGCCUCCAAUGCCAUCGACACGGCCGAUCCCAACUGGCAGGCCAGCAAGGCGACGGUGCUGGAGCGGAACGCGGCCAUGUUCAACAAUGAGCUGAUGUCGGACAUCAAGUUCAUUGUGGGCGAGGAGUUCGAUAUCGAUCCCGUUCAAACAAUACCCGCGCACAAAUACAUCCUAGCCACGGGCAGCUCGGUCUUCUAUGCCAUGUUCUAUGGCGGUUUGGCCGAGAACAAACAGGAAAUCAAAGUGCCUGAUGUCGAGCCCACUGCCUUCCUAACGCUGCUAAGGUAUCUCUAUUGUGAUGAAAUCAAACUGGAACCUGAACACAUCUUGGCCACUCUGUAUGCGGCCAAAAAGUACAUUGUACCGCAUCUGGCACGGGCGUGCGUCAACUAUUUGGAAGUGAAACUGACGGCAAAAAACGCCUGCCUACUUCUCAGUCAAUCGCGUCUUUUCGAGGAGCCCGAACUGAUGCAGCGUUGCUGGGAAGUGAUCGACGCCCAGGCCGAGAUGGCGGUUAAGUCCGAGGAUUUUGUGGACAUUGACCUCAAGACGUUCGAGUCGAUAUUGUCGCGCGAGACCCUCAACUGCAAGGAGAUCCAUCUGUUCGAGGCAGCCCUGAACUGGGCCCUCAACGCCUGCGAGAAGAUGAGCAUCGACAAUACGCCCCAGAACAAGCGGCGGCUGCUGGGCCAGGCUCUGCACCUGAUACGCAUUCCGACCAUGACACUGGAGGAGUUUGCCAACGGUGUGGCCCAGACUGGCAUCCUCUCAUCGCAGGAGACCAUCGACAUGUUCUUGCAUUUCACCGCCAAAAUGAAACCGAAUCUCGGCUUUCCGACGCGUUCGCGUGCGGGCCUCAAGACCCAGGUCUGCCAUAGAUUCCAGUCAUGCGCCUAUCGCUCGAAUCAGUGGCGUUACCGCGGGCGCUGUGAUUCCAUUCAGUUUUCAGUAGAUCGCAGAAUCUUCAUUGUGGGCUUUGGUCUGUACGGCUCGUCGACGGGCGCCGCCAACUACAACGUGAAGAUUGAGCUGAAGCGCCUGGGCAGGACACUGGCCGAGAACGACACGAAGUUCUUCUCGGAUGGGUCCAGCAACACGUUCCACGUAUUCUUCGAGAAUCCCAUACAGAUCGAGCCGGAGUGCUACUACACCGCCUCGGUCAUACUCGAUGGCAACGAGCUGAGCUUCUUCGGCCAGGAGGGUAUGUCCGAGGUGCUCAUGGGCAAUGUGACAUUCCAGUUCCAGUGUUCGUCGGAGAGCACCAACGGCACUGGCGUGCAGGGCGGCCAAAUACCGGAACUGAUCUUCUACGGACCAACCACAGUGACGGCCUUAAACUCGCCCACCAAUUCGGUGUGUGCCACGCCAAUCGCAGGAGCGGGUGGAGGCACAGCAGCUGGAUCAGCGACUGCCGUUGCAAAUGGCAGCAGCAGCGGAUCGGCAUCGACAGCUGCUGGCAACAAUGUAAACAGCUCCGGGGAGGAACUCGGCGGCGGUGGCGGCGCCGGCGAUGGAAGCACCUGAUGUGCACAGCUCUACUGCGCCGAAUGGCAGGGAUCCUGCUACUAUCGCCAGCAGCAGCCGCACCAUCAGCAGCAGCAGCAACAGAGGAGACCAACACAGCAAUAUAAGACACAACCACAAAUACAAAAUAGAAACUCAUGGGUUUUCAGUGCAACACAACAAAGCAAAUUGGAGUUUUAGAGGAAACGAUAUAGCAGAUAUAGACGUAUAUACAGUACAGUUAGUACAUAUAGA